AUGGCUUUCCUGCAAGUGAAACAUUCCCGGAAGUUAAAUAUCUGGAUCAUUCUGACUCUUGAAAAGGAAGUUGAGCUCGCCAUUCCUGACGCCAAACUUGAGGCUGCUACGGCUGCUCUUGCAUCGGCCAGAAUUCCUCAAUGCACCGACCCGGCUUGUCCUGAGCUACAAACAGAUAAGGAGUCGAGUUUGCACGCAUCGAACUAUUUGGAUCCUGUCACGGGUGAGCAUUUCAUCAGUCGUGAGGUAGCAGAACGGGUGUGUGCGAAAAACAGGUAUCAUAUAGUUUCCCAGCGGCAUUUCCAUCUUCAGCACAAGUGGAGCUAUUACACGGUCCUCCGGUUAUAUACCAAAUCCAGCAUUCUCUGGUGGCUGCCAGAGAUCGCCCUCGGACCUGUUGCUGAUGAGAGCUUCAUACUAUCCACUGAUCUCGACCUACCACCUGGACGAUCGGACAGGGGAUCUAGUACGGGCCCAUGGACUGAGCUUUACCCAAUCAAGUCUCUAAGACCAGCAAAGCUCUACGAGGCCUUGGUAUUACUCUGCUGUCUCUACUGGAAUAGUGUGGAUGAAGUUGACUCAUCGUUCGAAGAUAUGUCCCAGUCUCUGUAUGAAUCACUUGAAGAUCCAGUGUAUACAGAAAUCAGCGACAACAUCAGGCCAGAGUUUAAGCCUGUUUGGGCUGCCAUGCACGGGUCCCUGGAUCAAGAGAGACGCGAGGCAUUGCCCCCAGGAGCUAGUUUUUUCGAGCUCUUGAGAUUUCGCAAGCGAUUGCUUGCUGCUGAAUUGCCCCAGAGCAAAGAUAUUCCGCCUUUGCCCCGUCUUGCUGCCGACGAUAAUGUUGUGACGCUGCCGGAAGACCAGGGAAGAUCGACUUAG